UCCCCUUUUCCCCUCGUCCGUAGAAAGAGAGGAACAACAACGCCCUCACGAAGAAGCGAAGAGUCGUGUGAGAUCCAUUUCUCUCUCUCUCUCUCUCUCUCUCUUGUUUCUCUCUCUUCCUCGUGGCGUCGUCCACCGCGGGUUUGGGGGUCUCCAUCUAGGGUUUCACGUAUGAGCUGGUUUGAUAAGCUUCGUCGCCUCUCCGAAGCAAGCCGCUUCAUGGACGGCCUGCUGAUCUUCGUCCUCUCGCAGUCGAUUCCUAUACGUAGUAAUCUCUCGUUAAAUCCCCUGCAAUCUUAGGCGGUGAGAGGGGGCGGGGGUAUUGGGGGACUCGGUUCUCUGGAUCCGGCGCCGAUGGAGCCCAAGGGCUUCGCGAUCGGAGGUCUUUUUUCGCAAAUUGAGAGGCAAAAGCUUUCUCCACCUUCAGUCAUUGUAAUUGGUGGAGGGAUUUCAGGAAUUGCUGCUGCGCGCGCAUUGUCUAAUGCUUCCUUUAGGGUCACUUUAUUAGAAUCACGGAAUCGUCUUGGUGGCCGUGUGCAUACGGAUUAUUCUUUUGGCUGCCCAAUUGACAUGGGAGCGUCAUGGUUACAUGGUGUAUGCAAUGAAAAUUCUUUGGCACCAUUGAUCCGUUGCCUGGGGCUAAAAUUAUACCGCACUAGUGGUGACAACUCUGUUUUGUAUGAUCAUGAUUUGGAGAGCUAUGCUUUGUUUGGUAGGGAUGGACAUCAAGUUUCACAACAGCUAGUCAUUGAAGUUGGGGAAACGUUUGAGAGAAUCCUUAAAGAGACAGUGAAAGUGCGUGAUGAACAUGCCAAUGAUAUGUCUCUUCAGCAAGCAAUCUCGAUUGUUCUUGAGAGGCAUCCACAUCUAAGGCAAGAGGGUUUGGCAUAUGAAGUGUUACAAUGGUACAUUUGCAGAAUGGAGGCAUGGUUUGCUGCAGAUGUCGAUACUAUAUCUUUGAAAAACUGGGAUCAGGAGCAUGUUCUUACUGGUGGUCAUGGACUAAUGGUGCAAGGUUACUAUCCUGUUAUAAAAGCACUUGCAGAAGGCCUUGAUAUCCGUUUGAACCACAGGGUUGCGAAAAUCAUUCAGAGGUAUAACAGAGUUAUAGUGACUGUGGAGAACGGAACAACCUUUGUCGCCGAUGCUGCUAUAAUUACCGUGCCUCUUGGGGUACUUAAGGCAAACACAAUCAAGUUUGAACCCGAAUUACCAGAAUGGAAAGUCUCAGCUAUCUCCGAUCUCGGCGUCGGCAAUGAAAACAAGAUAGCUCUUCGCUUUAGUACUGUUUUCUGGCCUAAUGUAGAGGUCUUAGGUACGGUGGCCCCGACAUCAUAUGCCUGUGGCUAUUUCCUCAAUCUUCACAAGGCGACAGGCCACCCUGUUCUUGUCUACAUGGCUGCGGGGAGGUUCGCAUACGAUAUAGAAAAGUUGUCAGAUGAAGAAGCGGUUAAGUUGGUGAUGGCGCAGCUUAGGAAGAUGCUCCCAGAUGCUGCAGAGCCUAUUCAAUACUUAUUCUCGCGCUGGGGGACGGACCCAGACUCGCUUGGGUCCUAUUCGUGCGACUUAGUAGGAAAGCCAGCCGACUUAUAUGAAAGGUUUUGCGCCCCUGUGGACAACUUGUACUUUGCCGGGGAGGCCGCCAGUGUCGAUCAUUCUGGGUCUGUUCACGGGGCCUACUCAUCGGGUAUCGCGGCUGCGGAGGACUGCCGAAGGCGGCUCUCGCUGCUCCACGGUAUCUCUGAUCUCUUCCAGAUUGUUCUGAGGGAGGAGAUGAGUACUGAAGUUAUGGUUCCCCUUCAGAUAUCCCGGAUGUAAUUUAAUUCGAGUGGUUGUUUUUUCUGUUGCAUUGAGGUUGAUAAUUCUCUCUGUGGCUUUAGCUUGGCACUCAAUAAAAGUUUCUCUUUGGGAUAUG